CAAGAUGCCAUUUUUCGCAUGCAGAAAAACAAGCUUUCUACUCCUCAAACAUCUGUCACCGCCUCAAUUCCACGUGUCUAAUGCAAACUCAUUCACCAUCACCGUUAAACUCCAAGCUUCCCACUGCUCUUUCCUUCAUUCAGAAAUUUCUCUACCAAAAACAAUUCUCUCUCUCUCUCUCACACACACACACACACAGAGUUGGAGAAAUCACCGUUGCCGUUUCGAUCCAAUGGCUGAGCAGUACCAGCAGCAGCAGAUUCAGCAGCAACGCCCGGGUGAUGCUAUGAAGAGUUUCCUUCCUCAAAGGGGUCCGUCGACCGGUCAAGUUCUCGCCGUCGUCACGCUCCUCCCGGUCGGCGGCGCCCUCCUGGGCCUUGCCGGGCUGACUUUCAUCGGCACGCUUAUUGGGCUGGCCAUAACCUCACCCCUGUUCGUGAUCUUCAGCCCAAUUCUGGUCCCUGCCGUGAUUGCCUUGAGCUUGGCCGUGAUGGGAUUCUUGACUUCGGGUGCUUUUGGGAUCACCGCGCUUUCGUCGCUGUCGUGGAUUAUGAAUUACAUGCGGAGGAUGGGUGGGUCGUUGCCGGAGCAUGUGGAUCAGGCCAGGCACCGUGCCGGGGAAGCUGCGGGUCAUUUGGGUCAGAAGGCUAAAGAAACAGGCCAGAGAGCCCAAGAGACCAUCAGACCAUGAACAUCAUCAUGACAUCUCACCUUCUUAAUUAAGUGGGCUUACCCCCCUAUUAUCAUUUUCUUGUAUGAUGUUUCUUUUCUGAUUCCGUUCAGAUCUUGUGAUUAGGGUUGAUUAUGUUGGGUAGUUUGCUCUUUUAAUUAUAUGAUGAUCUGAGAUUGAAAUAAAAAGAAAAGGAAAUUGUGUUCUUAGUGG